AUGGAAGAACCAGAACUCACGUCACGAAAGAGGAAAGACCCAGAAAGCUCACAAGCCUCGCCCAAUAAACGGGCUCGAACGGACGAUCCAACACCACCACAAUCACAACCUCAAUCUCUGACCACCUGGCUCAAGGUUCCUCCUCCUCCUCCACUCUCGAGCUCGUUGACGACCUCGAACCCGAUAUUCGACAAAGACUCGAUCUUCAUUGCCUAUGUGUUGCCGAUUACGGAAAAGGAAGCCACGUUCAAACACAUCGCGGGGUUGAUCGACAGGCUCGAACAUGGGCAUCCGAAGUUGCCGGAUGUGAUUGCUGGAAGGUCGAAACGAGAUGUCCCAGGCGGAUCGACGGGUAAGAAGAAGGGGAUCAAGCCUAGUCAUAACAUGUGGGCGGCCAGGCACCUCGCACUGAAGAAAGGCGCCAAAGGUACCCGACCGGAUGACUACGAACCCCGAGAACUCGCCAACGACGACGGCGAAGCCCACGGAUCUGAACACUUGCUCAAGGUCCUUCGUGACGAAGGCUCUUCCGACGUCCUCGUCGUCUGUUCGAGAUGGUUCGGAGGGACGUUGAUUGGGCCGAUACGGUUCAACCAUAUAGAGACUUGUGCCAGGGAGGCGGUCGUGGAGUAUACAAAGAUGGAGCAGGUGUUCACGUUGAGACAAGAGCUGGAGGAAUUAGAUGAUCUGGUGGACGAGCUCCGGGCAGAGGUGAACCAGGCGGAGCAACCUAAACCUGCCCAAGGCUCAGAAGCCGAUGCAGAGAUUCCGGUCGUAAAAAGCGGAGGCAGCCGGACGUAUAGGUUGAUGACGGACGUGGUCAAGCUCGAACGCCUGAUCAAAGCCAAGAGCAUGACGAUCAAGGUGCUCAUAGAAAAGGUGGCCACGCAAAAGAUCGAACCGGAGGAAGAAGAUGGACAAGAAAGAGGUGUCGAGCAAGAUACGAAUACAUCAUCAUGA